AGUAAGACAGAUGAUGCUGUGGAUGUGGACGAUGAACUUUUGGAUCAGUCAUUGUCUGUGACCGGUGAAGAGUCCGCGAAAUCACUGAAAACCUCGACUCAUGACAAAAAAUCCGAGGAUAAUUUUGGCAGUACAGCACUGCGGCAGCUUGAACUACUUGCUGCGAUGAAAAGCAAAAAGAAACCGAAACCUGUUGAGAAAAAACCCAGUGGCACACACUUUGGAUUCGAUCUGAGGGCAGGCGAAGCACAUUUUGCUUGCUCAAAAGAAUCGCUCUGGAAAAUUCCAUAA